AUGGAGAACACAUCUCAACUUACCCCUCUGGAGGUCGCCCACCCAGAUUCCAGUGUCGUCACUGCCAUCUAUGAUGACUAUUAUGACGAUGAAGAGUAUCUCUUCCAACGAACUUUGCGGAAAAGGCUGCACAUCUUCUCCAUGGUCAUCUAUAGCAUUGCCUUCGUGCUGGGGGUCAUCGGAAACGGGCUGGUCAUCUUCAUCACCGGCUUCCGAAUGAAGAGGACGGUCAACACCAUCUGGUUCCUCAACUUGGCCAUCGCCGACUUCACCUUCACCCUCUUCCUGCCCCUGAGCAUUGCCUACCUAGCCCUGGGCUUUCACUGGCCCUUCGGGGAGGCCAUGUGCAAGCUCAACAGCACCGUGGCCUUCGUCAACCUCUACGCCAGCGUCUACCUCCUCAUGGUCAUCAGCAUCGACCGCUGCAUUUCCGUGUUACGCCCCGUGUGGGCUCAGAAUCACCGGAACCCCCGCUGGGCCUCCUUUGUGGCUUUCGGGGUUUGGGUUCUGGCCCUGGUGUUGAGUUCGCCAAACAUCCAUUUCAGGACAACCGCGUUGAAUAGGAAUGUGACCAACUGCUAUACCAACUAUGGCCAUGAUGAGAAACGGGCAUUAGUCACCCACCAUGCCAUGAUUAUCAGUCGUUUCAUUUUUGGCUUUGCGAUCCCCUUUCCCGUCAUCAUUAUUUGCUAUGGGGCGAUUGUUCUGCGGCUGAGGAGGGACCGCCUGGCCCGGUCGAGCAAGCCCUUCAAGGUCAUCACUGCCGUGAUUGCGGCCUUUUUCAUCUGCUGGCUCCCCUAUCAUGUCUUCUCCUUCCUGGAGCUUCGAGCCUACGAGGACCCCACGCUGCAUCUGGCACUCAUUAUUGGUAUCCCGCUGGCGUCUAGCCUGGCCUUCAUCAAUAGCUGCCUGAACCCCAUCCUGUACGUCUUCAUGGGGCACGAUUUCAAGGAAAGGCUGAGGCGCUCCAUCCUGGCGGUAUUUGAGAAUGCCUUCGACGAGGAGGAAAGGCAGAGUACGACGGAAACAAAGACCAAAUCUUCUGAGGACUUGGAGUCUCAUAACUUAUAA